UCCGGUUACACUGAGAUCAGCCACAUUUCGAUUCUACUGUAAAUCAACUUAAAAAUGUGGUUUAUGUAUCUUUUGAGUUGGAUUGCAUUGUUAAUCCAAAUAUGUUUGAUCACACUAGCUAUUGCUGCAGGUCUAUUUUAUAUUGCUGAAUUGGUUGAAGAAUACACAGUUCUUACUGGAAAAACUAUCAAGUAUCUCAUUAUGUUCACCACAGCAGUGUAUAUUGGUUUGUUCCUGUUUGAAGAUCUGGACACAUCAUUAAUCAUAGUAGGAUUAUCAGGAAAUGCAGCAUACUUUGCAUUGUUACAGAGUUUCCCGUACUUUAUAUUAUCAUCCCCAUCAUUUAUAGCAUCUGUCAUUAUGGUGAUUGUGAACCACUACUUUGCAUUUUCUUACUUUGCAUCAGUAUGGUACCCAUUUUCAGAUGUGAUGGCUUUCUUCACAAUUUGUCUCUGGAUAGUACCAUUUGCUUUUUUUGUGUCUUUAUCUGCAAAUGAAAAUGUUUUACCAACCAUGACAGAAAACCGAACAAAAUCUGAAGAUGCCACCGACGUGGUCAGCAAUUAUUUCAAAAGGAAAACUAAAGGAUUGGGACUUCUGUCAUUCUUGAAACAUGCACAGGACACUGUAUUACCACAGAGAGUUAGAAAACAGUACUAGAUACAUGUGGGUUGUCAUUGUUUUUAAUUAGUCAGCUUGAUUUGGCAAAGAUACAUGAUGUAUGUGUGAAGAUGAAUUUGCAUGUUAACUGUUCAGGUAUAUUGUGGUAUUAUUCUCUAUGAAGAGGGUAAUUACUGGACAAAUAUAAUUGGGGUUUUAAGCUACUCUGGAUUCAUUUAUUAUUUUGGGUACCAAUUUUCGUGGACGGAGGAAAAAUUGUAUUUUCGUGGAUUUUUGAUGUGGUGUUCUAAAGUUUGUUUAUUAGCCCAUACAGAUUUUGUACUUCAUUGAACAUUUAAAUUCGUGGUUCCCUAGCUUAUACCCACAAAAUUCAAGAAAGUUGGUAUCCAACAAAUUAUAAUGAAUUCACAGUAAGCAAAAUACUAAUUGUGUUAUGUUGUGUACCAGAAUAAUUAUGUAAUGGGACAUAGAAAAAAUUUCAAUUACACGUACACCACAGAUAAAUUUGUUAAAAGAUAUUUUAUUGUGAAACUGCAAAAUAUGUGUUGCAAAAUCAUAAAUAUGCUCAAUCUGUUAAAAAAUACAGAACCUGUACCCACACUUUGCUUACAAGUAAUCUGAAAUUUCUGUUUUCUUAAAUUAUUAUAUCAACCAAUAAAAUUUCAGACUUCAAAUUUUUGAAGGCGUUUAUUAUUACAAUGUACAACAAAACCUUAGAAUCCAGAAAAGAAAAACAGAAAGUUUAACAUGGCAGUGUCAGAUCUUUGUAAGCAAAGUGUGGACAGAGGGUCGGUUUUCUUAAUCAGAUUGAUAAAUUCAGCACUUAUUAUUUAUGAUUUUAUUCCACCAGUGUGGAAAUUUGCAUUUAGUAUUAUAGCUCUAACAUAUUUUGCUUACUUCAUUCCUGAAUGAAGAAAAAUGGAGUGCAUGUAAUCUUUUAAUGGAAAGGUAGGGGGAUACUUUUAAGCUUUUAGAUUUGUUUUUUCAUGGAAGCUAAGAGAAUUCCUGUUUUUAACAUUAAAAAAGCUUGAAAAAACCCCUAUAGAUCCUAGUAUUAUUAAUUAGAAAUAAAAGAAGUCAGCUAGACACUUGUUUGUAAACAUACCACCACUCUGAAAAUGUUUUAGGAGCCUUAGGCUACCAGUCACCUUUAAGGUUUUAUAAUUUUUGAAAAAUGCUAAAAGGGGACCAAAGCAUAGUUUUCCCCUGUUUUGAUGUACAGUUGAGGUGUAUUUUUCCUGAAUAUUUGUUAUAAAACUGAGUUUUCAAAUUAAAGGAAAACAAAUAUUUGUAGGUCACAACCUGUUCGUCUUUCAUUUUUUCAAUAUUCUGAAAAUGCUGUGAUUUCUACAAUAUUUAAUGAUAGGUUUUAUAGAUUUUUGCAUUGAAGCAGUUGAAAUUGAAAUUAAAAACAUAAGCUAAGGAAAUCACCUGUUCCACAAAACUUCUCUUGAAAUCUGAUAUAAAUACUCAACAGUAUUGGAU